AUGUUCAAAGAAGCCAGCGCAGGGAAGGGGAAGAAGGGAGUAUUGUUAAUUCAAUAGGAACUUCUCACUUAAUGCUUGAGGAACAUAAAGGCCUUCAUUUUCUCUAAAAAACAACAAACUCCUGACUGAGAUUCUGUCCACUGAAAAACGUAAGAAUCAGCCUGGAAUCAAACUGCAAGCUUAGAGGAUUAAGACUGCUUUACUGAAGAGAUUGCAGGGGUCUGUGUUGUUGAUGGAGAAUGAGACAGGGACGAUCCGAAUGGAAAGGAUGCAGGGAGGGACAGGCUCAGCUCCGGCAGGCCGCCACACUCGCUCGUACGGGUCAGUGGGAGACAGCGGUCUUGAUGAAAAGGGACCCCCAAGAGAGGUCCAGGAGGAGGUAAAAGUCAUUUCAGCCACCAGGUCCUACCUCGCUGUGGCAGUGCUGUGCUACAUCAACCUGCUCAAUUAUAUGGAUCGCUACACGGUUGCUGGCGUUCUCUUGAACAUCCAGAGAUACUUCAAUAUAAAAGACAGUGAUGCUGGUUUACUGCAGACAGCUUUCAUCUGCAGCUUCAUGCUGAUGGCCCCUCUCUUCGGCUACCUUGGCGAUCGCUACAACAGGAAGUGGCUCAUGGUGCUGGCAGUGUUUGUCUGGACUGCGGUGACUCUGGGAAGCUCUUUCGUCACUCAGUCGCACUUCUGGUUGCUGGUCGUGACGAGGGGACUGGUGGGGGUUGGAGAGGCCAGCUACUCCACCAUCGCCCCCACCAUUAUCGGGGACCUCUUCACUGGAGCUCUGAGGACGUGGAUGCUGUCUCUCUUCUACAUAUUCAUCCCAGUCGGAAGUGGCCUGGGAUACAUAGUGGGAUCUAGUGUGGCAGACAUUACUGGAGACUGGCACUGGGCACUCAGGGUGACUCCCAUCCUGGGAAUGGUCGGGAUUGUUCUGCUCAUCGCCCUGGUGCCUGAGCCGCCUCGCGGUGCCUCUGAUCUCCAGGGGGAGGCGCUAAAGGAGAGGACAUCCUACUGGGAGGACAUCAAGUACCUUCUCGCCAACCGUAGUUUCGUGUGGUCCUCACUGGGCGUGACUGCCAUGGCCUUCACGACGGGGGCGCUGGCAUUCUGGACCCCGGUCUUCCUGUCCCAUGCUCAGGUCCUACAGGGAAGCAGGGUGCAGUGCACACAGGAGCCGUGCAGCAAUACAGACAGCUUGAUAUUCGGAGUGGUGACGGUAGUCGCGGGGAUUGUCGGGGUUGCUAUUGGGGCAGCCGUUGCCAGGCGACUGAAGAAGAGCAUUCCUAAUGGGGACCCCCUGCUCUGUGCAGUGGGCAUGCUUGGCUCCGCCCCCUGCCUCUAUCUGGCCAUGGUGACAGCUGACAAAAGCAUCGCCAGCUCUUAUGUGUUCAUUGCUCUGGGGGAAAUCCUCCUGUCUCUCAACUGGGCUGUUGUAGCUGACAUUCUUCUGUAUGUCGUGAUACCGACCCGACGUUCAACAGCAGAGGCCUUGCAGAUUACAGUCUGUCAUCUCCUUGGAGACGCCGGGAGCCCCUACCUCAUUGGAACAAUCUCGGACUCUCUCCGCAGCUCCUAUCCCGACUCCUUUUUGUGGACGUUCCGGAGUCUGGAGUACGGUUUCCUGCUCUGUCCUUUCGUUGGGGUUCUGGGGGGGCUGUUCUUCCUCUUGACAGCUUUCUACGUUGAGAAGGAUCGAGCGACAGCUCGGGAGAUCAUUGCAGCUAACAGCCGAAAGCCUGCCGUGGUCAGCUGAAGACCGAAACCCUCAAACCCUCAACGAAUCCGGAUUGAUCCUGAAGAAACACAGUGAAAAACAAGCCGUCCCUUGUUCUCAGAUCAUGGAACUCAAUAUGCAGUAUUUCCUUUGAAAGGGAUUCUCACAGAGAGCUAUGGGGGCCUCUGAUACCCGCAUUGGAGGUCAGGGCUGUGUCUUCAAAGCAUCCUAUAGAAUUAGAAAGCACUGAAACUUUAGAAUGGGGACCUAACGCCUGCUUGUUGAGAUACUGUUACAACCAGUGUGUUAACUAUGCUGUGACUGUAUUUUUAAUUUGUUAGAUGUGAACAUGAGGUGUUAAGCACAUAUUAAAAUAUUUUUUUUAUAUGCGAACAUUGAGGAAACAGCGACAUCUAGUGGACAUUAAAGACUGCUAACCGUUUCUAAUCUCUUUUUAGGACUGGCAAUAUUGCCCCCCUUGGAUGUUUGUUUGUUUUGUGAUACUUUAAUUUGGCAUAUGUAAAUAUUUUAAAUAGAAAGUUAUAGAUGAAAAUUCACUGGUGUGGUCUACAGCUGCAAAGAGGACCAUGUGACCAACAGGCACCGGUGUCAGGAUGAAGGACUUUACUAUAGUAUUGUAUAAAAUAGAUUUUAAAACCUUAAAUGUAAUACAUCGCAGCUACCACUGGGUGGCGAUAUUGCACUAUAAUUAUACCACAUUAAAAAAAUAAAAACGUGUUGAGGUAAGCCUUAUUUUGUAGAGUUGUUUAAAAUACACAUACAAAUAUACUGAAAUGUUUACAUUAAGAAACCGUUUCUGGCUCUGUAAUAGAAAUAUACAUUGUAUACACAGAGUUUCGCGUGACAGGAUUGCUGACGUUGCCUUUAGUUUAAUUGAUGAACUGCAACCAAAAAACCAGAAUAAAGCUUUGAGCUCUACCUGUAAUGGCAAAGUGUGCAGACAGCAUCGAGAACAGAGAGAGCUGCAUUGGU